CAGGGCGUACAGCUUCAUCCCUCAUUGCAGCGGCGCUCGUGCUCACAGUCGCGUAUCUAUUACACGGCGAAUAAACACUUUCAGUCGCUACGUCAUAAAAGACCACAUAAAAGCCACAAUGGAUGAUGAAUCGCUUUGUGUCCCAGAGGGCUUAACUAAAAAAUAUUUCAAGGCAGCCGCCGUCUUAAUUUCUAUAAUAAUCGGUGGAUUGUACUUCUAUGCAAUUCGUGAGCAGAUCCAGUCUGACAAGAACCACACAUCGGAUCAAUGCCCUUCGGAGCUGAAGACCGUGCAGCAUCAGCUAGAUGAUGUGAAGGAAUACAAGAACCGCAUGGAGAGACUACUGACAGAAACACAGAAGAGCCAAGAUACUGAUAGGCAGCGCUUGAAAAUCGUGAUGCAGAGCUGCUUCGCGAUGUCGCAGCAGUCCUUCAUGUGCCAGAACCAGUUUAAUCGCGCGCAAAUCAAAUGCAACAAGAUCCGAGCUGACUACGGCAGAGUUUCUAAGGAGCUGCAACUAUUGAAGGACAAGAAACCAUCCUAAACAUCCAGGCAACAGCUUCUAAUGGAAAUAUAAAUAAAUGAAUUAAUAAUGAGUACCAGCUGUCCACAGAAAGUAAUGUCCGAUAUACGUAGUUGUCAAAAAAUGUAUGAAAAAUAUCAAUUAAAUAAUUAGACGGUUCUCUUAGGUUCUCUAUUUGAAUUAACUUAUUAACUUGGGUCACAUAAUAAUAAAAAUCCAUAUCUUAAGAUAAACUUAAACAGUAGAUUUAUAGAAAUAUUAAUCAAAAUACAUAUACAUUUUCAAAAACUUCACGUCGCCAGUUCUUCUACAGUUUGUAUUAUAUUCAAAACUGAUAAGCUAAUAUCUAUAAGUUACGUAAAUUUUUUUCAGUCUCUUUUGUUAGUAAUCUUUAUAUAUUUUUAUAUUGUAUAUACUUAAUUUACGAUUUCCAAAUUAUUGCGACUGAUAUCUAUAUAAGUAACUUAUAAUUUUAUAAUGUAUUAUUAAGAGUUAUUGGAACGGUAUGGAAAGGUCAUGCGCAGGGUAUGCAACAUAUAAUACGUAUGUGAUACAGUGUAGGGAAUUAUCAUGUAGCAGAAAUAAAGCGCGAAAAGAUUUGUUUUUUUUCUAUCGUUUUUUCUUAAUGAAAAAUUACAUUUUUGGUCUUACCUGUGCCGAAUUUUUAAAACUAUUGACACAUAAAUUUAGAUGUUUAGGACAAAGAGUUCAUAUUUUUGUGUAGUAUUAAUGAAAAUCUUUAACUAUUUAUUAUAUAUUAAUUGUACCUAAAAAUCUAAUUUGAAGAAUACUAAAUUUGAUUUUUGAAUUCCUAGUAUUUAUGAUGUCCAGAUCAAGUUAAAAGUUUUUCUAAUUGAAAUUAAUAUAUCUUGUGUAGUACUAAUCUGACUAUUGCGCGACUGUGUCGAAGCUAUUUUCUUAAUGUUAUAAGAUAAUUUUGAUUCUACUAAAUGUAAUGUUCAAUGAAAAUAAA